UUUAAAAACAACAUCCUCGAUUCCACUAACUCAUUAAACAGAGAGAGCCUGAAAAGUGCCAACACUCCUAUGAGAAAAGACGAGAGAGAGAGAGAGAGAGAGAGAGAGGAAAGAAAAAGCAGGUUAUUUAUAACGCCAGGCAGCAUUAGGGUCUAUUCAGUCUCUCCUGCAAACUGCCUGCUGCUAGGAGGUCACUCCCCAAAAAACCUGCCGAGCCCGUGACCUGCAAGCACAAUAUUUGAUCUGGGAUCUAGGGCGGGCACCAGCCUUUGCAAAUUGGGAGACUCACUCACAUGCUCCUUAACACCCGGGCGAUCCGGGAGAAGAACAGCCAGGCUUUGGGAAGGAGGCUCUUAGCUUGGGUUCACACAGGACCCCUGUUACUCCAACUCUGCUGCUGAUUACCACCAGUCUAGCACCAGAGCUGAGGUUCCUCCAGGGUCAGCAUCAUGCAUUGGGCUACAGUCCUGAUAGUUGCUGGGCUCUGCGGAGUCUCCCUGGGCCAGUACGACGAAGAAGAAGAUUUGGCUUGGUUACAGUACUAUAUGCGACAAUCCCGGAUGUCGUCCUAUAACUACGUGCCAUACUAUGAGGAUGAAAACACGCCUUAUGUUUACUCUUACCUUCCGGCUCCAGAUACGGAGGCAGAGCCUGGCCCUGAACCUCAACAGGCCCCUACCCGAGAAUGUCCCCAAGAGUGCGACUGUCCCCCUAACUUCUCUUCAGCCAUGUACUGUGACACUCGCAAUCUGAGGUAUCUGCCCUUCGUGCCUUCCAGGAUGAAAUACGUCUACUUCCAGAACAACCAGAUCACCUCCAUCCAGGAGGGGGCUUUCGACAAUGCCACAGAGCUGGAAUGGCUUGCACUGCACAACAACCAGAUUACCAGUGAGAAGAUGGGCAAGAGGGUCUUUGCCAAGCUCAAAAAUCUGGAGAGGUUAUACAUGAACAACAACAACCUAACCAAGAUGCCCAGCCCCUUGCCCCGGUCCCUGAGAGAGCUUCACUUGUCUUACAAUCAGAUCUCCAAGGUGCCAGCCAAUGCUUUGGAGGGCCUGGAGAACCUCACAGCCCUGUACCUCAGCCACAACCAGAUUUUUGAAAUGGGAGCAUCCCUCAAAGGGCUCAAGUCCUUGAUCCUUGCUGAUCUGAGCUACAACCACCUCAGAAAAGUCCCUGAUGGCCUCCCAAUAGCCCUAGAACAGCUCUACCUAGAGUACAACUACAUCAACUCCAUCCCUGAUGACUAUUUCAGGGUCUCUCCCAAGCUGCUCUAUGUGAGGAUGUCCCACAACAGCCUGACAAAUCAAGGUCUCUCUACCAACACUUUCAACAGCAGCAGCAUCCUUGAGCUGGACCUCUCUUACAACAGGCUUCAGAAGAUCCCGCGAGUCAGCACCAACCUGGAGAACCUCUACCUUCAAGGGAACCAAAUCAAUGAGUUCUCCAUCAGCAGCUUCUGCACCGUCGUGGAUGUCAUGAACUACUCCAGGCUCCAGGUGUUGCGGCUUGACGGGAAUGAGAUCAAGCGGAACGCCGUGCCCCCAGACGCCCCGCUGUGCCUUCGACGUGCCACCAUCAUCGAGAUCUAGCCCGGCCCCCGGCUCCCUCCCCGUCCUCAGGACAGUGCUCCCCCGCUCCUGGGGAGACUCUCACUCCCAUUUCAAUGCAGCUUGACAGUUCGACUUGGCUUCUGCAACAGAGCAAUAAGGGUACGCCAACAACAGCCCACGCAGGUGCCCGGCCGGGUGGGCAGGAUCCGUUCAUCCUCAAACGCUCCCCCUUCCUGGCUCUCUGCAGGGAGGGGAUGGUCUCGGCACCGUUCCCCCCGGCUGCCGUCCUCCAGAGCGCUGCUGCACUGCAGGCUUUUGCCACCCGCCGCUUCCACCGCUUUGGGUGGGACACAGCCCAUCUCCAAAACGUGGCAUCGAGCAAGCAGCUCUGGCUGGGAGGGUUUCAGGUGUGCAUCCUCCAGAAUGAGCAAAUUUAAAAUGAUUCAUCCCAGGCCAGGUUUUUGGCCUCAGCGGUCCCUGGGAGGUGCCAAGCUGCACAGGUAAAAGGUUAAAGACCUCCCAGCUGCCAACAGCCCUCACGCUAGGAUGGGGGAGAGCAAGUCCACGCUUUCCUCUGUCUGUCCCCCCGCCCCCCUCCAACAGCCUCCUGCUCCAAACAGCUCCAGCGAUAAAGCUAAUGAAUGCGAUGAAGACGUCGCUCACAUCCUCCUCCGAGGCCGCUGGCGCAGGCCGGCGAGGUGAGGGAUGGGGCAGUGUUUCUGCAGUGGGAACGUCUCCCAUCGCCGCAGCAUGCCGGGGGGGCUCAAAGCAGCGGUCUGGGUCUGCAUCACCCCCUUGGCCCCGUGCUCCCCCGCCACUCAUGGGCACUAGGCGUUGCAGCAAGGGAAGCCCAAGGAGCGCAGGCAGCUAGCGCCGUUUUGCCCGAGCGCGCUGGGUUCGCCUGGGUUUAACAAGGGAAGGAGUUUACCACUCCUUACCUAGCCCUGGGACCUAAUGCCCAGCUGGCUGUGACCACCUCGUGCUCAUCCUUGCUGCACCUCUUGGCUCCCCAUCGCAAUUUCCAGCACAGGGCACGCGUGGACAUGGCAUGUUUGGCUCCAUUCUUCCCACCAGCUUGGUUGGGAGCUCUUCCCCCACCCAGGCACCUGGGGUCUCCCAUUUAAACAAACAGCAGCACCAUGUGCAUCAGCAGCACAUUUACGUUACACAGAAAUCAAAACACUUGCUUGGUUCCUUGGACGAGCUAGUUUGGGGACCAAAGGGGCAUCUGAGCUCUGGAGAUGACUCGCAAAGCUGAAGAGGUCUCGUAGACCCUCUGCAUUUAAACUGCAUGCUAACACUAUAGAAACAAAAAUCCAAAAAAACCUGUACUAUCACCAACGCAUGAACUGUAGAUAUCAUACUGACAAAUA